GAUAUUUAAAUUUUUCUUUGAAAAAAAACACACAAAGAACAAGUUCUAACUAAUUAUGAUGUCCAACCCAAUGCAGCCAAGUCUGUCUAGCCAGCAAGGACCUAAUGAAAGAAUCACACUUUGUUGUAGCAGAACAGUUAUGUAUAGAAUGGGAAUGCUGAGUCUGUGCAUUUGUUUUGUGUUCUGUGUAAUAAGCUGCUCUAGUCCAAACUGGAUCAGAACUACACAUUUUGAAGAUGAAGACCAUGAAAACAACCUUCACCUGACAGAUGAUGAGCCAUUUGUAGGUUUAUGGGAUGAAAACUGCAAACCAAAUGCCAGCCGUUGCACUAAAGGUAAAGACUUUUGUUUUCCUUAUUAUGAUUUUUUAAAUCCUUUUCAAUAAAAAAGUGAACAUAUUUAUUAUUCUUACAUCUGUGCAUGUCAGGUACAAGUUUUUUUUUGCCUUGGAAUUUGAGAUUCUGUAAGUGUCCAGUCACAUCUGCUGAAAGAGGCAAAUUUCCAAAACCAUUAGCUAUUUGUAACUAACACUUGAGGGGGGUUCUUGUCAUUCAAGAAAAUCUCAGCUCUCAGUUAUAACAAAAUAAACUUGGCACAACUGAGCCACCUGACACAAGUGUUGGAAGUGGAAGCAGGGAUAUUCUGCUUUAUCUUUCUAACAAAUUCACAAAACUGACAAUAAUUGCAGCCAUUGGAGUGAAUAAAGUUUACUGUUGAAACCAGAAGUUUCAUGACACAAGAUAAAUCCAGUUAUUAUUCUCCACAAUGCAUAUUGAUGAAUAAUGUAAAGAAGAGCCAACACUUUAAACAGCCCAGUAAAUUUGCCCAACUUAACCUUUCCCUACAUGUUGUGAGGUGCAUCAAGUUUGUCCAUUCCGAAUUGUACUAAGAUAUUGAUUUAUCUGCCUCAUUCAAAAUUUCCGCAUCUGUUGUUGCAAGCAUACUAUGCAGCUAUGCCCAGACGCUAUAUCUUCUGUUACAUCAGAAUCACUAUUGACUGCGCAGACUGGGUUAACCGAUGCCUCAGACCACAUGUGACAUGCAGGCAGUAGUUUGCAAACUCUUGAUCUACUACUAAGAUUCAUCAUUUGACUUUUAAUGAUAAAAGUUGUUUGUGUUUUUUCAGGUUUACUGGCUGCAAAGAUCCUUAUAGGUCAAUAUCUAAUUGGAUAUUUUGUCAUCUUUGGCAUUGCUAUUUUUGAAAAUGUGCGAAAGGUUAACCCACGCAUCUAUCAUUCAAGGAAGGUAGAGAUCUGUGUUCUGAUUCUAGGUGGGAUAUUCUUCUAUUUAUGUUUGCAACAUGUAUCCAUCACAUUGUUAUAUAAGUACCUUAUAAGUCUAGGUCUGAAUGUUGAAUUUAUGUGCACCUUCUCUGAUGUUAUUGGAUUUGACAACACAAUAGAGAGAAAUUUUAGAUAUCACAUCAUAUUUUAAAAUUAUUUCACUGCUUAAUUUUCUGAGACCAUCUUCAUUGACGUAUAUUAAAACUAGAAAUCUAGAUGCCUACAAAUUACAAAAUUAUCAUGUGGCCCACUAAAAAAUUUCAUUUUCAUGCAGCACUCUGUAGAAAAAAAGUAUGGCCACCCCUGAGUUAAACAUUUGUGAUCUUAUUUAUUUGUACAAUAUCUAAAUUUUUAAAAAUAUAUAAGCUUGUUAAUGGUUUUUCCAUAUUUUGUUAAAUACAACAAUUAAUUGGGUUAUUUUUGCCUAAGUUGCACAGCUUAUUUUGAAAAAAAAUAUAUAUGUGACCAAACUACUAACUACUAUUUAAAAUCCUUGUUACCGACAAAUUUCACCAAAAAUAUUUUGAGGACCUCUUAUGAAGCCAAAAAGCAUCUUAUUUGGCAGCCCUGCUUAUGUGCACAUCUUUCAACCACACAGGUAUUCUUGGGACCUUAUCAAUGAUUGUUUUUAUAAUAAACUACUCCACAAGACUUGGCUGGUCCAUGGCCUUAGCAUCUAUGUCUGUUGUUGGUCUGUAUGUCACCUGUCUCUUCUUGAUUUGUGGAAACAAGAAACGGGUAACUAUUCACACGCACACAAAUGUAAAAAAUGUCAUAAUGUAUACAAAAUCAUUUUUUGACUUCUUGUGUAUGAUCUUUGAUUUUAAGAGAUGGUUUUUAUUGUAAAAUGAACUAUUUGAAAAGACUAUUUGUCAUCUUUGAACAUAUGCUAAAUUUACAUUUCAGCCUGUUGCAACUUGUGGUCAGCCUGGAACCGUUUUGUUCACUUCCAUGCCAAAUCAAAACAGUACAAUAGUUCAAAGUUAUGGACCUGGACCUCAGCAGGUUUACCAGACACAUUAUAUGGCCCAGACCCAGCCUCUCUUGCCUGCCCAAACCUUGUACCCUGUGAGCCCACCUGGAGCCCCACCGCCUUACAGUUUUCCACCAGCCUAUCCAGCUUCAUUCACUCCGAAUGCAUUUCCCAACUAUAACUACAACUUUCAAAAUGUCCCUCAGCCUUUGCCUCAGCACAAUGCCCCAUUUUAUCCUCAACAAAAUACCCAGCCAAAUCUUCAGUUUCAGAAAUUCAGCCAAGCCAGUGCACCUCCGAGUGAAGAUGCACCAUGAUGUACUGGAAGUUUCUGUACAAGAACUUCACAGAAGUCUUUCUUAUGACUUAUAGACUAUAAAAAAAACACUGUUUAUUGUUUCAUUGGAUGAAAAUGAUAGCAGUACUACAGUUGGUAACAUUGUCUCCAUGAUUAUGACAGAAUUAUCUGGAUGCUUUUUAGGGGUGUGCCGGACCCCGGUCCGGAAUCCGGUUCCGCCGGAUUUUGCACUAUCCGGUGAAAUCCGGUUCCGCCGGAUUUACAUGUAUCCGGAACAACCGGAUUCCGGAUUCCGGAAUAUACCGGAUUUCGGAAUUUGCCAGAUUUUGUGACUCACCGGAUCAUAAUCUGAAAUAAAAGUAAUUCUCUUUCCCGAAUUUCACACGAUCACGAUACAUUAAUCGAUUGUUUCGAGCGUUGAGCUUGUUUAAUGUUUAAUAUUCCGUACAUACCAGAGGCUAGAGUCAGCACCGCUAAUAGUGGCCAAUAGUGUAGGGACUUUGAUAAGAAAAUUUAAACUUUUUGUAAAAAUAAACCAAUGGCAUAGUUGAAAAGAUGUAAUUUUUUAAAGAAUUAUAACACCAAAAUCAUAUUUUUAGCUGUUGUAGUUUUAAAGUUAUGAAUUUUUAAAGUACGACUUGGUUUGUCAUUUUUUAACAUGGACUGCAUCUCCACAUUCUGUGAUCUCAUUCCACCAAUCCCGUCAUGCGCAAUGACUAUAUAGUUUAUAUAAGGCAACGCAUUCCCUGCCUUAUCACUAAAAUACUGUUUAGACUUAGUUUAAACUUUCAACUUUGGCACAUGAAUAAUUAAUUAAAGCUUUCCCUGACCAAUGGUUUAAUAGUUUUUGCACACGGCAAACUCUUAUGAAUGAAACUCUGAGGUAGUACUACGAUACAGUUAUGCAAGUGGCUGUGAAUGGUUGCCAAUGACAACGUGUUGCACACGGUAAAUUCUGAUCAUUUAUAAUAUGGAUUCUACCGGGUUGUUAAAGCUCAAAUUAAAACAUUCCAGUUUAAAUGUCUUUAAAUGCAUUCUGAAACACAAGUUAUCAAUUAUUUUGAUGUAAAUAGUGAUAAUAAAUUAAUAUUUCCUAAGUAUCGUCAACUUCCGCCAUUAAAAAGGGGGGCGUGGCCAACCCCAUGGCGAAAUUAGGUUGAGCGAGCUGCAUAACCUGCUGCGAACGCGUAGAAACAUGGCGUCUCUCGUAAGACACUUAUCCAAAUGGAACGGAACUCAAAUAUAUAUCGAAAGUACUAAUUUAAUAAUAAAUAGACACACACAUCGGAAAAUUAAAAACUCGGAUUUUUUGGCGCCGAUUGCGAAUUCCCA